CGCAUCAUUCUGUAGCGUGGCGGGGGCGGACCGUAUGACGUUGAGCCGAGACUCUUGCUGUUUAUUGUUCCUUCCUGAGAACCGACACAGAAAAACAGGCUAACGAGCUGUCAGACACUCUUCUUAGACGGUUCGCACUUGGUUUUACGAAGGUGUAACGGUUGAGACAGCUGACUGCAAACCCUAGAGGCCAUGGCGUAUGCAUAUCUCUUCAAAUACAUCAUCAUCGGGGACACGGGUGUGGGGAAAUCAUGUCUAUUACUACAGUUCACAGACAAGAGGUUUCAGCCAGUUCACGAUCUCACCAUCGGUGUGGAGUUUGGCGCAAGGAUGAUCACUAUAGACGGCAAACAGAUCAAAUUGCAAAUCUGGGAUACGGCUGGCCAGGAGUCAUUCCGGUCCAUCACCAGGUCUUACUACAGAGGAGCGGCCGGAGCUCUGCUAGUUUAUGACAUCACAAGAAGGGACACCUUCAACCACUUGACGACCUGGUUAGAGGACGCGCGCCAACAUUCCAACUCCAAUAUGGUCAUCAUGCUCAUUGGCAACAAGAGUGACCUGGAGUCCAGGAGAGAGGUGAAGAAAGAGGAAGGUGAAGCUUUUGCCAGAGAACAUGGCCUCAUAUUUAUGGAGACCUCAGCCAAGACUGCCUCUAAUGUAGAGGAGGCUUUCAUCAACACAGCCAAGGAGAUCUAUGAGAAGAUCCAGGAGGGAGUCUUUGAUAUCAACAACGAGGCUAACGGUAUUAAGAUUGGACCCCAGCAUCCUACCACCAACUCCACACUGUCCAGUAGCCAGGGAGGCCAACAUGCUGGAGGGGGCUGCUGCUGAAGCCUCUAAACACCGCCUCCCCUCCACCACCUCCUCCAGUCCUAACCCUCCCUCCUCCCUGUCCUCUCCAACCCUUCAUUGCGUUUCUACAGAACUGUCCAGACCCACUAACAGUUUCUCUACCGCUCCAUUCUUUCAUCCAUCCAUCGCUGCAUCCUGAGUGUCUCGAACAUCCCCGAUGCACUGAGGGGAGGCAGCGCCCACUCACAAGUCAGCAUGACUUCCUCCGGUCUUCUGAGGACAGAGUCAGCUCCACCUGCAGAUUUACCCUCUCCACUAGCAGGUUUUCCAGCUCACAUUUUUCUUUUGGUUAAAUAAAAACAUUUUAAAUCCAGACACACUUAUAGAAAACGGUUUGUAGUUUAGAUCCUACAUUUUCCUCUACAUUCACACAGAUUCUGUCAGGAUGCCACAGUUCCUCAAACGGAUCUGUGAUUGGCAGUGAGCUGACUUUGUAGACGCAGAGGCGGGACUCGAGGUGGAAAAAUGAAACCCUUUUAAUUGCUGACUGUAUGGAAUAAACCUGGCUCCAUGUUGUGUCUACACACACAUCUGUAUGUGUUUUUAAGUCGGCGUUGAUAGCAGGACGUGUUUCUACAUGCUGAGUCAGAUUUCAUGCUGUGCCCGUGUGCGUAGAGGCGAUACAAGUAUUCCAGGAUGUCAGUUGGUGAGCUCCGGGAGGCUUUCAAGUCACUCUGUAUUACUUGUCCAUAAAAAAAAAAUGCAAACAUGUCAUUUUUGUUCAUUCUUUCCUCUUUUGUUUUGUUUCUUGUACCUUUAAGGGGUUUUCCUUGAGUCUACGUGCUUUUUUUGUCGGCUCACUGACUGACUUGUAUUUUAUAAACACUAAAAAAAACUGGUUGUGGCUUAAAGGCUGAUUAAAAAAAAUAAAAAAAAGCUGGGUAGAGAAUAAAAGACCAAACUGUUAGUGUGAAAAUGGAUCUUUUUGACACCGAUAAAGAUGAGAAGGAGCGUUGAAAUGCUGAGGGUUGUUGAGCGACUUAACUUAUGAAGUUAAGAAGAUUGAGAAAUUGGAAGUGGAUUUUGUUAUGUAUUUAUCAGACGCAUUUCUGUGUAUAUAUGGCUCGUUAGGUUUCUGUAGCUGUUUCAGAUGAAGCGUGGCAUGUUGUGGUGGGCUAGUUGAGUCUUACAGGAGUGGAGAGAGACUCCUCUCUGGGUCUGAAACAGCUUUUUAGCAUUUUGAACAAUUUUCAAGGAGCUAAACCUCCCUGUUGCAUUAGGGUUGAUGGUGCCCUUUCUUUUAAAUGACAACAAUGAAUGAUAACAGGCUGUUAACAGGACCAAGUGGAGGUAUUUAGUGUCUGGUGGGGGACCUUGACUCCAACUGAAAAAGUCAAAGCAUCUCCCUUUUAAGCAGGCUAAGAUUUCCAUCCUGAAUUAGCUGGCAGAUACAUAAUAUGUGCUGUUUAGAGCUUGAUUCACGGCUGCGGCAGUGUUUGUUUUUGUCCUUUUUGCUUCACUAUCCCAGAUGUGAUCCUUUUCCAGCCACGAUUACUUCCAGUCACCCUUUUCUCAUCUGCUCUCUACCUAAUUUUAAUGCCAAAUUUAUUGUGUUUACUUGUUUUGAUAAAACAAAAAUGAAGGGGAGCAAAUCAGCCACUAAGCCCCACUAGUCUGACCUGAGAUCAGCUGUCUGCCUUAACUCCAACCCCCUCCCCCCCAGAGAGAUCUGGACAGCUGCAAAAAGAGCGACCCGUUACCUGCACCACUAACCAACUAGUCGGCGAUGUAUUACACAUGCAUAGAUGCACACUUAGAGACAUUAUGUCAUAAGUUAGAGGUUUCAUUUUAUUUGUUUUGCAUAAAUUGGGGCAUUUAAAAAAACUCUUAACCCAUGUUAUUUUCUGCCUAAUCCCCUCCUAUCACACAUACACACACUCAGCCUGCAUACAGUGUAUGUAUGCAUGCGUAGAUGAUGUAUACAGAUGUUCCUGUCUAUCUAACCUCGCUGUGUUUUCUCUCCAGGCCAAUUGUAACGUUUGGGCUUCACAGCAGUGCGAGUGAAUCUGUUUUUUCUUAGUGUGUUCUUUAAUGAGUUUUUUUUAAUUCCUCGAUAUAUUCAUACAGUUAUUAAUCUUAUCCAGAUCAUAAUUAUGCUUUGUAAACCGACAUGUAGUGUGUGCGUGUGUGUAUGUGAACCCAGAGAGGCUACAGGGGGAGGAUCAAGCCAAACCUGGAACGUCUACCUACCUGUCUAUCUAAAUAUGGAUUGAUUUAUAUUCUCUAUGUGGCCCUCCUCUUCUCUCUAUCCUUUUCUCUCUCUUCCCUCAUCUUCCUGCCUCUCCUCCUCCCCUCAACGUUAUUUGCUGUGUUUGUUCUUUGGAAAAAAUAAAACUAAAAAAAGAAAAAUGAAAAUGCUAUCACAAUAAACUAUAAUAAAAUAUUCUAAACUCUU